GAGAUUUGGGGGCAUUUCUCUCUCCUCCGUGUAGUCAAUAGUUUGGGUGGUGAAGAGAUGGCCGACACUGUCAAAACCUUUCUCCAGGACCUUGCCAGGGGUAUCAAAGACUCCAUCUGGGGUAUCUGUGCCAUCUCAAAGCUAGAUGCUCCAAUCCAGCAAAAGAGAGAAGAGCAGCAUCGAAGAAGGGCAAGCAGUGUCCUGGCACAGAGGAGAGCCCAGAGCAUAGAACGGAAGCAAGAGAGUGAGCCACGUGUUGUUAGUAGAAUUUUCCAGUGUUGUGCUUGGAAUGGCGGAGUGUUCUGGUUCAGUCUCCUCUUGUUUUAUCGAGUGUUUAUUCCCGUGCUUCAGUCAGUAACAGCCCGCAUCAUUGGUGAUCCAUCACUGCAUGGAGAUGUUUGGUCAUGGCUGGAAUUCUUCCUCUCAUCCGUUUUCAGUGCUUUUUGGGUGCUGCCCCUGUUUGUGCUCAGCCAAGCUGUGAAUGCCAUCUGGUUUCAGGAUAUAGCUGCCCUGGCAUUUGGGGUAUCAGGGAGGAAGACUCACCCCUUCCCUAGUGUGAGCAAAAUCAUUGCUGACAUGCUCUUCAGCCUUUAGCUGCAGGCUCUUUCCCUCAUCCAGGAAUUGAAACGCACCAGCC